GAGAGUCGUGGUGGGUGGGAGCGCGCCUGAGGACUCAACAGCUGCACAGUGAAACUGAAGUAGAACAAAUAUGAUUCAAACAAUUGAAUAAGGUGAGCCGCUGUCCGCCGCAGACGCGUUAGUGUGGAGCCCAGAAGCAGCUCUCACACACGCCGAGCUCAGCCAGCUCAGUCCUGACACUAUCAGGACGGAAACUCUUGACUUGGUUCCUAAUCAUCUGGACAGCAACAUCAGAGGAACAUGCCGACUCACUCGUUGCUGCCAUUUGUGGACAGCCCAGAUGGACUCGCCCAAGAUAUUCUUAUUAGUAACAAUGCAAGCAUCCCAGGGCCCGGCUCUAGCAUGACACCGCACACCACCUACUCAGAGAAGGCUGUUUCACAAUCUGGAGGAAAUGCGCCGCUGUCUUGUAUGUUCUGCGAUCACACUUUCACUCAUCAGGAUGAACUAGGGCCCCACGUGUUAACGCAGCACCCCGCCACGUUCUUUGAACCGACUGUGCUGCGGGUUGAAGCAGAGUUCAGGAUCCCAGGAGAGAGGCCCCGAUCGAAACCGAGCAGCCUCCCGACCGAAAAAGAGGAGGUUCAUAGCUGCAUUGUGUGUGGACAGAUCUCACAAGAUGCCAGCGAGUUGGAGGCCCACAUGAGGAAGCACAAGGACUACUUUACUUACUGUUGCAAUGUUUGCGGACGGCGCUUUAGAGAGCCGUGGUUCCUCAAGAACCACAUGAAGAUGCAUGUAAAACCGGGAGCAAAAAGCAAGGCCCAGCAGGAGCAGGAUGCCCCAGUCACAGUCAACGGCAUCGUCCAGGAAGCUGCUUCAGAGCCUGUGGUCACCGUUUACAACAUGUGCAUGGUUUGUGGGUUUUUCUACCCGGACCAUGACAGUUUGGUUGAACAUAGUAAAAUUCAUAAUCGAGAGGUGGAGCCUGAAAAAGACAAGAAGUUGGAUGGCACUACUGAAUCCCUCACUAAGGAAGCGUUUCUUCAUGGCCUUAACCUUUUGCCUUGCUCUCCGGGAAACAGUCUGCAAGAUGUGAGAUCAUCAAAAUGGAUUCCACAGCUAGAUCCCUUCACCACGUAUCAGGCCUGGCAACUUGCUACAAAGGGCAAGGUAGCUGUUGGGCCUAACAAUACUAAAGAUCUCGGCCAGGAUGUUAACACAGACAAUGAAGACUGUGGAUCUGUCAAGGAGGAAAUUAAUAUUUGGUCUGAGGGUGACAGAACUGUGAAAGAGGUGCUUGGGAGAGAGCUCCGGUCUCAGCAGCAGUCUGCUGCAGAAAGCCCGAACCCACAGCGAAGGUCUCUAAUUCAAAAAGAUAAAUACAAAGAGAGGCCAACCACCUGUGAGGAAUGUCAGAGAACCUUCAGGACGUACCACCAGUUAGUUCUCCACUCCAGGGUCCACAAGCGCGAGAGAGGCGGUGAGGAAAGUCCCACUUCUAGUGCUGAUGGAAAACUGUCCACAGCAGGCUCACUGGAGCAUGCAGAGGAGGGCUGUGAGGAGGGCUUUGAGGAAAACCUGGGAUCAGGUGAAGAUGGUUUUGAUCGAUCAAAGGUCAGAUCAAAAGGAUGCAGCUACUGUGGCAAAUCAUUCAGAUCAAGCUAUUACCUCACAGUCCAUUUGAGGACUCACACAGGUGAGAAACCGUUCAAGUGUGCUUACUGCGACUACGCUGCUGCCCAGAAGACUUCACUGAAGUAUCACCUGGAUCGGCGUCACAAGGACAAACCUUGUGUGGAGAUCUCCAGCCGACAUGUGCCUUUAGUGCCCUCCCCUAAUGAUAGAAAACAUGAAAAUCCUACCCCAAGCAGAUCCAAACUCUGGGUUCCUAAAGCCAAAUUGUACACCAAUGGAACACCAGAGGACAGAUUUGAUAAUGUAGAUGGUAAGCUUGGCAAGCCAGGUGUCCAAGGUAACGCUGACAGUGAGAAAUUAAUCGCUAAGUCUGCUUACUUCCCGACUGAUGAUGUGCUCAUAAAGCGCCCUGUACCUGUUAACCUGAAGAAGGAAAGGGAGGAGAUGCAGGAAGAGAACUCUGAGGCCCCAUUAAAUCUGUCUUUAAAAGUGUCUCUCUCCAUCCCUGCCUGUGCAGAACCCAGAAAUGCAUUAAUUCCAAUUGCCUGUUCAUUUUGUGCAUAUAAAACCAUGUACCCAGAGGUUCUGAUAAUGCACAAAAAGCUGUCUCAUAAAGACAAAUCAGACAGUACCAAUCAGCGUGGAUUUGGAGGCAAUGUAAAACAAAAACGUUACACAGGCUGCCCGCCUGCGCUCGACGGGAAGGAUGUCACCCCGCUUAUGAUGACUGACAGGCGCCACCCUCGUCGUACCAAGUCACCACCUCCACCACCACCAGCAAAACCACAAGAAACUACACCUGUUAACCCUCCUCAUGGCCCCAAGCAGACUCCCAGCCACGCAGCCCCACGUGACCUAGUCCAGGAGACCCUGCGUUACAGACACAACACUGAUUCACGUCCCAGUCAGGAAUCCCCCGGGUAUACAGAGCUCAUGAGAAAAACCAACGCAGGGAACAAGUACAUCAUUGACAGAACCGGCCCUCUGGACAGAGUGGGGAUCGGUGAGAGGAGUUACCCAGCAAGGAGCGGUGCCAUUUGGCACUCAGAUGCUGCCAGGCUUUGCCUGUCCAGCCGAUUUGGGAGCCUCCCCCAGAUGGAUUUUGGUGAACCAUCCGGCAAGAGAUUAAAGUACUCUGUUCCUGCAAGGAGGGAGGCUGAGGCUGGUGAGAAGGCUGAUUUUCGAGGAGCAUCGGGGAAUGGACCGAACAAAGUGCUUCAUACAGGGAGAAGUGUGAAAACCACACCACAGGGGCCGGGUCCAUCCACAGCUUCAGAGGCUUUGGGUCCUGUAAAGAACACCCCUACAUCUAUUGGCGGUUUGGACACAGACUGGAGCAUGAUGAACCUGCUGCACUCCUACACGCCUAGCGACUUGGCAUCUUUCUAUCACAGCACACGAGCAAACCCCAGUCACGGAGGACUGGCCAACCCCAGAGCAGGGGGCAGAAUUGUGCUGUACCAACACUUACCCAGUCUACCCACCCUGCAGAGGAGAGACCCCUCACGCUCGUUCCCUAAUCAGCGCUACGGCACCACUGACAAAAGUACCUAACGUUAAAAGCACCAAGGUAAAAGGAUCACAUAUUUUGAAAUACCCACAGCAAGGUUUCCUUUUUUCAUUUUCAAACUCUCACUAGAAUUUUUGAAAACUCAUUUUACCUUGCUCUUGAUAUGUAUUAAUCAAGUCGUAUCUGAAAAUGUAAGAAGCCUUUCCCUGUGUUUCUGGAUUUAAACUGUGCUGCUACCUUAUUUUGGAGAACUUCUUGAGAAAAUGUUUAAUGUACAGAAUUAACAAGAGAGAUGGUUUGUGCUCAGUGUGUCAGCGCUCCCCUAAUUUAAUAUUGUUUCAAUAGAGGAACAUUUGCGUUGUAUCGACAUUUCAGGGCUCAGGAUUUCAGUGUACAUUUAUGUUCUUUUUUCGUGAAAGGAAAAGAGGACAGAUCAUCUCUCUUGGAAAUCUAAUUCCACUGGUGUGCACUGUGAUGUUUCUUUCCACUCGUUGCUUAGUCUGUGUUUAACCCACACUAAUGUUCAGAAAUCUAUGCCAGUGACCGUACAGUUUAUAUGUGGGAUAACACAAAUAUAUCUGUAAGUUUUCAGUACAUAAAAAUGUGUUAAGCUAAAACCUAAGAAAAAUAUGUGGGUGAAAGUGCUGCUCUGUUCACUUACCGGUGAUGUCCAGGCAGUAAUUACGUACUACUCUGUAUCAUUUUUUUUCUUCUUCUUUCUUUUCCAAAACACUGGCGGGUGGGGAGUUUCUGUCAAAUAACUUGAUGGCUUCGGCCCAGUAGUUUACAAACAGGCCACAGUAACAAUUCCUUCUGUGUGUGUUGAAGUGUUCUACCUCAUGUUGUGCUCUCGACACUUAUUUUUGUAAAGCUGCUGCAGCUAUCACGUCAGCUGAGCCUGUACACCCAGUUGUCCAUCCAGUAGACGCAGAUGUUUGGAGUCGUACUCGUGUAGGUGCAUAGUGACAUGUGCUGGAAUGUCGCCGCAUUUGUCAAACACAUAAAACACAAGCUCAUCCCAUGACAGAACUACUGAUUAAGUGUAACACAGUUUUGGUUGUGGAUUUAUUUCAUAUGCUUGUUAUUUACAGUCCCACUUUUAAGCACAGUUUUGUUAUUUGUCCUUUUCAACUGGCAAAUGGCUAUCAUCUGCUUUAGUGAGGCCUCAUAUCUAUCGGCUGUAAAAUGUACCAGAUUUCACGCAGUUGUCGGUGUGUGAAACGGUCAUGCUGUAUUAUUUUAUUGCUGCACAUUUAGUCACUGUUCAGGAGUUUGCUUUAACUAUGCAGAGUCUUGAAAGUGUUAUUUUGUUUAAAGUGGCAGCAGUCGGUGUCGGCUGGUCGUCAAGUGGCCUUUUUUGGAUGUCAUGACUGUGCAGUUUUUGGUUAAAAAAAAUUUACAAAAGCAUCUAUGCUGAUUAAUUGUUCAGUUAACUGUACACUGUGAACAAGAGUCUCAGGUUAACUCAUUAUAUGUGAUAUAGUCUAUUGUGUAACUUAGUGUUUUGCCAAUUUGAAAGGCCUAGGUUAAGUUAUUUGUUUUUGUGGGGGAUUCACAUUACAUGUGUCCUUAUGUAAAAUUAAAAUAUUAUUUUGAAAUUUGUUUGACACAUUUCAACAAUAAAAACAGACAACAAAC